UGACCCUGUAUAUUGAGGCGUAGAUGUCAAGGCUGCGGCGUGCCAGAGGAGGUUAGAAUUGCAAUACGAGGUUGUCGUUUCGUCGUGUGCUUCGCUAUAAAGAUCGUUCCUUUCAGAUGAGGAUAUAAGGUUUGUGCAAGUCAUAGGAGGCAGGUGUCUGAAAUACUAAGAACAUAUUCUAAUGCAUUACACACACCAAGAAGAAUGCCUACAAAUAAAUAUCAGUGCAAGAGCAAUGUGAAGUUAACAUCAUUCUUUGCUUUGAUUGUUAACUUGCACUUCAGUUUUGCGUAUACAAAAGAUAACUUUAUUGUUGAAGGUGACAAAAAUUCACCAGUUGUAAAUCAAUCACAAAAUACAAUAUGUUCCAAAACUGCAAUAGGAGAUGAUCUGAAACCAAAUAUUGUCCUGAUUAUGGCGGAUGACCUGGGCUGGGGUGACUUUGGCUCAUACUGGCCUCACACAGCUUUGACACCAAAUGUUGAUGCCAUUACCAAGGAAGGAAUGAGGCUCACAGAUUUUCAUGCUAGUGCAUCGGUGUGUGCACCAUCUCGAAGUGCACUCCUCACUGGUCGACUUGGACUAAGGACUGGAGUUGUGCAAAACUUUGCUAAAGAUGCUGUCGGGGGUAUUCCUGAGAAUGAGACAACGUUGGCAGAAAUCUUGAGAGAUGCUGGAUAUAGGACUGCUAUGAUUGGAAAAUGGCAUCUGGGUACAUCACCUGGUCACCAUCCUAUAGAUAAAGGUUUUCAGGCCUAUCUCGGAAUUCCAUACAGUAUUGACAUGGGCUGUACUGAUCCACCAGGGGCAAAUUUACCAGCCUGUCCUCCCUGCCCCCAUGAAAAUAUGGUCUUCAACAAGGAGAAUGAUUGUUACAUUUCAUGUGAUGAAGAAUUGGCUCUUCCUUUGUAUGUAAAUAAAACAAUAAUACAGCAGCCUGCACAGUUAAGGCAUCUCUCAGAAAUGUAUGCCGAAUUUGCAGAAGAAUUUAUGUCAGAAAGGAAGGAGCCUUUCUUCAUGUACGUUGCAUUGUCACACAUACAUGUACCAUUGGCCCAUGGCCCUACAUUUGAAAAUAUUACUGGAAAAGGCAUAUUUGCUGAUACCUUGUUUGAGAUGGAUUGGCUCAUUGGAAAAAUUGUGAGAACAGCUAUGAGAUAUAGUAAAAAUAACUUGAUUUGGAUUCUGAGUGACAAUGGACCAUGGGAAGUAAAAUGUGACUUAGCUGGGUCAAGUGGCCCCUUUGUAGGAGCAUGGCAGCGAGAUGUGUUGCAUGGAGGUGGAGGAGGAAGUGCUGCAAAACAAACUGUUUGGGAAGGUGGUCACAGAGUUCCCAGCUUAGUGCUAUGGCCAGGAUACAUAGAGCCAGGAAGUAUGUCCAAUGCUUUGGUGUCUGCUCUUGAUGUUUUUCCAACUAUUGCUGCAGUAUGCAACAUCUCACUUCCAACAGACAGAUACUUUGAUGGUAUUGAUGUUCAAGGUAUCCUAACAGGAGAGUUGGAGAAAGCUCAUGAGGUGUUAUUUCACCCCAAUAGUGGAGCAGCAGGACCAGAAGGUGAAAUUGGGGCAGUAAGAAUUCAGGAGUACAAAGUUGUAUACUACUCUGGUGGCUCCCCAGAAUGUGGUGGCCGCACUGGUCCUUCAGUAUCACAUAUUUCAUCUCCACUUGUGUUUAACCUCAAGAAUGACCCUGGUGAGACAUACCCACUGAAGGUAACCAGCUCAGAAUGGAAGGCAACAGUGCAUGCAGCUGCGCAAGCACUUGCGUGGCUCCAUCAAAAUGUGCAGCAGGACAACACCAGCUCUGUAGACUACACUAAAGAGCACAGUGCUCGGCCAUGUUGUGAUAAAUACAGUCCAAUUUGUCGCUGCCCCUGGGAUUAGGCCAGUGUUCUGCUACAAAGUUUUGCCAUGGCCACAGGAGUAUGCUUUCAGGUGACUGUGAUUUUGUGUGUGUGUGU